AUGAAGAAGAAAUCAACAAAUAAAUAAAAUAAGAAAAAAGAAUUAACGUCCUCAAUUAAAAGAAUUAUUAAAAGAGAUGACCAAAUAGGAUUUUAAUUUUCUUAAAAAAGAGAAGAUCCUAAAUAUUAAGAAGAUUUAGAAAACAAAGAAGAAUAAUAAUAUUAAUAUACUGAUAAUAUGAUUAGUUAAUUUAAAAUAAAAGAUAUCCAACAAAAUAGUGGUCUCUAUUUGAUAGUGUAAAAAGUUCAUUUAAAACCAGUAAUUUUUCCAUAAGUAGAUUAGAUGAUAGUGGUAAAUCCUUUGCAUCAAAAGGUGGUUACUGUUAAAACUGUUCAAUUUAAAGCUAGAGUAACAUGA